UUCGAUACUCGCUCGCAAAUUGCCACGGUCUCAACUUGGUCAAGAGGCCAUAUUCUCGCUUGCUGCAUCAUCCAGCGCAUCAUGCGGAAAAUUGCGAAUUUUGUAUCGCUCCUGCCCAAUGACCUUCUCCAUGCUCUAUCAGACAGAUUCAUUCCUCCCUUCCAGAUGGAUCAAAAACGUAAUUGGGUCUUGCACCGCCCCCACAGCGUCGACAGACUCCAAAGAGUCGACGCGGGAGCUCGAAUGUCUCUGUACAAAGGACUUGAGACCAUCUUGCAAACGAAACCGGAACCCACUGAAACGACGAGUCGAACCUCAGUCAAGAUCUCGCUAAAUUCGACCUACGAAGACUCCGCCUUGGGUGUUUCUCUGGAUGGCGAGACACUCAACUCUCCCUCGGUGAAGCGUGAAUCCAUCGAGUCGAUCACAAGUUCCGAUGAAGAUCUAGUCCCAGCCGUGGGCGUUGGAGAAAACCUGGAAGAGCUGAAGUUACCCAUGAUCAUCAAGGAGAACGGCUUAGCUAGGGAUGAAUCCGAUUCGAGUGACUUGGAACAAGCCGAGGCGUUUCAUGCAGCUCUUGGGCCAGAAAUCGACGUCAUACGGCAACAAAUAGCCAGCAUUAUCAACGAAGGAUUCGUACUGUUCCCGCUGGAGCUCGUCUCUCAAUUAUACCUUCGAUAUGGACGUCGGCUGCCGCUGCUGAACGAGGAAUUCUCCACCGAUAGUCUCCUCAAUUGGCUCAAACGCAUCUCGUGCCUGAAACUCGAUAAUCUCAUCCUCGGUGUAUGAUCCGAACGCGAAUCGUGAAAUUUUUGUGAGAGAGAGGAACCGGGAGUCCUCGGCGACCUGAGCCCUGCGAACGAUUUGACUCGUCGGCAGAAAUCCCAUCCCUCUAUCCCAGAAUCUGAUGGUAUCCAAAUUUUAGCGAGGAGUGUCCUCGUGUGGUGAAAUAUCAUGCCAGACAUUGUACUGAUCGACGUCCGAUCAUUCGAAAUAACCGAACCAUUCAUCGACUACGCUGAUCUAGCAAUCGAUAGAAAAGUCGCGCUCAACUCCUGGCUGGUUCCUGUUGAGAUUCGGGCUGUUGCCGCUGGCCUUCCCCAAAUUUUGUAAUAUAUAAGAGUUCAGUUAGCUGGAGGCGUGGUCAACGCAUGGAGCAAAACGCCGUGAUGAGGAUGGAAAAGUUUUAUUCCCAAAUAAAAAAUGA